AUGCCCGAAAACAGGAGUGUUAUACUGUUCGGAAACAUGUCUCAAGAAAGCAGAUUACGAUUACAUGCGCUUAUUGCUUCCGAACUGGGAGGCAGUAGAAGAAGUAGAGGAUUUGUGGAGAGACAUGAAUUUUCCCCGGAAGAGUCAAGCGUCAUGAUUGUCAUGAAGAUCUUAGCCAUGCGCUACUUGGAUCCUUCCAUGGCCGAGAAAUUUGAAACAUUUGUUGCUUCGCCGAAAGAAGACCAGAUUGUUCACAAGAUGUUGGACGGAAAGUUUGAAACGACGAUAAGUUUGCUGACGACAGGGCUGGCGAAGAUUUUCGAAGGACUGACGGAAGAAGAAGUGAGAUGGGCAUUUCUCCUCUGCGGGCGGAACCAGCAGGGGCUUGGCACCUCUGCCAUUAUCAGAUGGAUACAAGCACAUGACGAUGACGCCUUCGUGGAUGAACUGUACGACGUGUGCGAGGAAAGCUGCGGCAUCGAAUUCAUGGACAACGAGGGUGUGGGACUGUACUCGAAGCAAGCAAUGCUGAACCACGAUUGCGAGCCAAACGCUGAAAUCAAAUUCCUGCACGACAAUCACAAACUCUCUGUUGUCGCAACGAGGGACAUUGAAAAGGGCGAAGAAGUUUGUAUUAGCUAUUUGGACGGACACACGCUAAACAGAUCGAAAAAGACAAGGCAAGAGCAGUUAUCGGUGAAUUAUUUGUUUCACUGCGGCUGCGAAAUGUGCAAGGGCCAGAAUUCAGACGAUGAAACGUCUGAAGAAGAAGAAGGUUCGGAAGAAGAGACUGUUUAUGAAGAAGAGUCGUUUUCGUAG